CGUGAGCUUGAAAUCAGUAUGGCGACUAAAGUGAAACUGACUUUGCAGGAGUGGACGGAAGGGUGGACAAAAUGGGACAUAGCCUUGUAUGUCGGUGCCCCGGUCGCUCUAGGACUUGCUGGUGUUUGGUUCUACAAACGCAAUAAGGCAAAAUCGGGACAGGAGGAAGAUGUCGAUUCCGACCAGGCACCUUCUUCUGUUGGUACUGUUAAGGGCAAACCGGCAGAGACACCACUGGAAAAAGCUCAAGCUGCUAAAGGAAAGGGUAAUAAAUAUUUCAAGGGAGGUAAAUAUUCUCAAGCUGUUAACUGUUAUACAGAAGCCAUCAAUCUUUGUCCUUCAGACCAAGUUACUGAUUUAUCAACAUUUUAUCAAAAUAGGGCAGCUGCAAUGGAAUAUAUGUCUAAUUACGAUGGUGUGAUACAGGACUGUACAAAAGCUAUAGAGUUGAAUCAGAGGUAUACUAAAGCUUUAUCACGACGCGCCAAAGCUUAUCAACAAGUUGGAAAACUACGAGAUUCUCUAGAAGAUAUAACAACAGCAUGUAUAUUAGAAGGUUUCAGUAAUCAGACUAAUCUACAGUUAGCUGAUCAGGUUCUCAAAGAUCUAGGUAGAAGUUGUGCUAAAGAAUCUUUUAAAAAUAAAAAGCCUAGUUUACCAUCCAAGUUUUUCAUCAAGAAUUAUUUUAGUGGUUUUUCGGCUGAUCCUAUUAGUGCUAUGAAAUUGAAGACAGAUUUGAAUGAUGGUAAAACAGGAGAAGCAACAACAGAAGAUCUGAAUAAUGCCAAUACACCCAAUCACACUGGUUUAACUAAUGGAGUAACUGAACCCAGUCCAUUUGCACGAGCCAUUGAGAAUUUAAAACAAGAAGAAUAUGAUCAGAUUAUGUCUUUAUGUAGUGAAGAAAUCGGAUUAACCAAUAGUAAAAAUUUAAACAUGGCCUUGUUACUAAGAGGAACAUUUUAUUUGAUGUGUGGACAAUUAGAUCAAGCACAAGCUGAUUUUGAAACACUGGCAUCAUCCACAGAUGUAGAUAAAAAGAUAAAAGUGAAUGCAAUUAUUAAACAGAGUAGUAUUUUACUUCAAAAAGAUAAAGUCAAAGAAGCUUUUGAAAAUUUUGACCAAGCUAUCCAAGUAGAUUCACAGAAUUCUGAUAUUUACCACCAUAGAGCUCAUCAAUAUUUAUUGGUCGAUAAAUUUGAGCAAGCACUAAAUGAUUUUGAUCAAAGUAUUAAAUUAAAUCCAUCUUUUCCUACUUCAUAUGUUCAAAGAGCUCAUGCAGUGCAUAAAACCGGUAUUGUUUAUCAAAAACCUUCUGCAUUAGAUGAAGCCACUAAAUUAUUUGCGGAAGUUAUUCAGAAAUUCCCUAAUUAUUCUGAUGGCUUUUUAAUGUAUGCUCAGUCCUUAGCAGAUCAAGGUAAAUUUGAAGAUGGUUUUAAAUAUUUUAAUAAAGCAGCUGAAUUAGAACCAGAUAAUCCAAAUAUUUAUGUUCAUAAGGGAUUAUUAUUAGUACAAUGGAAAUCCCAGUUAGAAGAAGGCUGUAAGUUAGUUAAGAAAGCCAUACAAGUAGAUCCUAAAUGUGAAUAUGCUUAUGAAGUACUUGGCACUAUUGAUGUUCAGAGGGGAAACAUGGUGAAUGCUUUAGAGUCAUUUAAUACAGCCAUUAGUUUAUCUCGAUCUGAAGGAGAAAUGGCCCAUCUUCAUUCCUUGUUAAAUGCAGCACAAGUACAAGUUACUGUUGCUCAUAAUCUAGGAAUUGACAUUCCAUCUGUUGGAUGAAGACACACCAGCCACUAGUAGUUGUAUAUAUCUAUAUGUGAAGACAUGAUAAAGACUUGAUUGCAAUUUUAUUUAGAAUUGAGGCCUGCCACAAAGUGCGAUUUUUGAUCGCAUCAUGGCAUUUUUUUUUUUUUCAAACAUUAACUUGUGAUGGUUACUUUCAGUCCUGUAGAUUUAUGGACCACUGGACUUUAAGGAAAUUUUUUCUUAAAUCUGCCACAGUAAAUCUUGUUGAGGUGUUGUGUAAUGUUAAUCUCUGGUACUUCAUAAACUAUAGACGUUAACCGCUAGUGUAUUCAAGCUAUAUUAUAGUCUUUAAAAACACAAAUUAAAAUGUUCAGCAAAUUUUCCUUUAAUUUAAUCAGUUGUUAUAGGUAAUGAAUAUAUGCUUGUUGAAUUAUGGAAGAACGUUCUCAAAAUGAUAGGAUGAGCUGGAUAUUAAUGCAUGGAACAAAAUUAUUAAUAUAGUUGUUUAUGAGAAACAGUAGUGUCUAGUGUCCAGUGUUUUGUUUCAAAAUUUAGUUAUUUCUGCUUGUAAUAGAGACGUUGGAUUCUAUGUUAUCACUGUGCACUAGGCUAUAUUUUGAAAUGUAACAUUUUGGUAAAGUUUUGUAUUUAUGUACAGUUGUACGUGUAAGUUGGUAUAUGCAAGCAUAAUGAGUUUUGGCUUUCUAGCUCGGUUAUAAUCUAUGGGAACAAAUUUGGCAAAAUUAUUGCCCGCUACGCUCACAACACUGCAUACUAGAAAAACUAGAAAAUGUUCAGUGUAGGUGUAGAACAUUUGUAACUUUAUGUAAUGUAAAAGAGAGAAAAGGGCAGUAUUUAGAACCUGCUAUAUUUACAGUAACUACAGAAUUCUGGCUUUAAUGUAAGUACUGGCACAAUAUAAUUUUGAAUCAAAAUUCAUCUUGCUUUACUGGUACAUUAAAAUACAAACAUUUCUGUAUUGAUUAUUCAGGAUAGAUUUAUCCAGGAAUAUUUAUCACAAUAUAUAGCACUGUAACCCAAGUAUCGUUUAAUCUUGCAUAUUUAGCCCAGAUUUCAUUCACUUUCAUUUAACAACAAAUCUGUAUUUUAAAUUCUUAAUCGUCUAAAAUGACUUGAAAUUUUCCAAUUUUUACUUAUGUUUCGUUUAUAGCCGACCGUUUAAUUUUGAUAAAAAAUUAACAACCCAAUUGAUUAUUGAUGUAUAGUAAUUAAUUUUUGAACAGUGGUCGUGAAAUUAAAUGUCUGUAAAUUGGACACUUGUUAUCAAAAUUAAACGGUUAGCUUUAAACUGGACACAAGUACAAAUAAGAUGAUUUUGGGUCAUUUUAGACGAUUUUUACAAAUUUUCAAAUAAAGAUUUAUUAUUGAAAGAAUGUGAAAGAAAUUAGGGCUAAAUAUGCAAGAUCAAACGAUGCCUGGGUUACAGUGCUGUAUAUUGUGACACGUAUUGUAUGGUGAAAAUAAUGCGUGAAUAACUUUAAAAGUUACAUUGUCUACUGGCAAAUUAGAGUGUUAAAAUAACAUGUGUUAUUUUUAAUAUAGAAUCUCGUGUUUAAUGUAAAUACAGCACGAUUUCAAUGCUAGCCUUGUUGAUGUGUUAAAAGAUUAUACAUGUAUAUUUUUAUUCAGUGUUAUGUGCUUGCUUGUGUUUCAUUUGUUAAAUAUGUUAGAUUAUUAUUUUAUUAUCACAAAAUUCUGUUAAACUCCAUAAAUUGUAUAGUAUUCUCCUAAAACUUCAAACUUGUGUGUUUAAGAUUAUUGUAUGUGUGGUUUGAUUGUUGAUAUCAAAGUAUAUAAGGCUGAUUAUGAAGUUACCGGGACCCAUAGAAAAUCUAUCCAAUGGCCCGGUAAUAAUAGGGUUAAUACUAAACAAUUUAGAAACAAAUUGAAAAGACUAUAGAACUAUAUUAUUGUUAAAGUUAAAUCAGUAAAAUAUUUCUGGAAAUGAAAUGAAAUGGUGUUAAACGUCCUACUGUUCUACUCCGACUGAUUUGUGGAAAUGACCAGUGCAGAGGAUUCAAUGAAUUAUAUUGAUCUUUUCAUAUUUAUCCUAUUUAGAAAAGAUAACAACAACCAAAAUAACUGGAUUUAAGAACUCUUCAGUUUGACAAAGAUUAGAAUAAUGUAAAUGCACUUGGCAUAAUUCUUAAAAUGUCUAUUCAGAUUUAAAGGCACUGUUCUUAUUUAAUUGUCUAGUAAAAAAAAAAAAUGGCUCGAUAAGAACUUUCCCUUGUUAAACUCGUUUUUAUGUAGCCGAUUUUAAAGAAAUGGUGUUAAUAUUCAGGGGUCUGUUUCACAAAAUUUUAACUAAGAUAAAAUCCAAAUUUUAGUAAUUUGAUUGGAUAAUAUUAGAUUGAUUUUAGUGCUUAGCCAAUCAUAAUUGAAGUAUCUACUAAAAUUUGGAUUUUAUCUUUAGUUAAAAUUUCGUGAAACAGGCCCCAGUACUCAACCCAGUCCAAAUUUCUUUAGACAAAAUCUUGUUUUUUAUCCAUGCACAAAAAGCCAUUAGGACUUUUGGUAUUAUUUCCAUGUCUACAUGUACUUUAAAUUACUUAUUACACCAAUCCUUUCUAUAGAUUUAAUCUUUAACUUAGACCAUUGUGUACAUAUAUAGUUAGUGUGAAUUGAUUAAUUAAUUCUACAUCUUCAUAUUAUUAUGUGAACACAAGAAAAAUCAUCAACUUAUUCCAACAUUCAUCUUUGGUUUUUGUGUUUACACAUUCUCUGUGUUGAGAUUUAACUGAUUUUGUGUUCAACAGACCACAAUGUAACACGAAAAGUGAAACUAAAAUUAGUAAGUAAACCGACGUUUACUUAAUAUUUCAAAAAUGUAAAAUUAAUUAUAUGGAGCUUGUUCUAACAUUAAUGUAAAUAACAUGUCAGAUCAAGCUAAUUCAACAAUAUUUUUGACUUAAAUCAAAGCGGUUCCAUUCCUUAAUAUAGUUACUCCUUUCAGUGUUAAAGUGAAAGUAGGAUGAAGCAUGGUAUAAUUGUUGUUAAUAAUAUGAAGAUAAAUAUAAAAUGUGAUAAGAUUAUAAUAUAAUCAUUAUAAGUAUAUAGUUGAAUGUGUGAUAUGAAAGUGUAAAUGAAUAGAGACAACUAAACAAACAAAAAAAUUAUAUAAAGUAAAUAAUAUGUGAAAAA